AUGGGCCUCGUCGAUUACUCGUCAGAUAGCUCUACUGAUGAAGAACCACCGGGCAAGCGCAUCAAGGCGACAACGGAUGUUUCCUCUAGCAAGAAUCAGGCAGGUGACAAGUUCAGAAACUCCAGCAACAGUGCCGAGGCACCGGCAAAGCUACCCCCGCUACCAGACUCGUUCCGCGAUCUCUACGCCUCGACGGUGCGUCAGAGCGUGUCGGACGACCCGAGCCUUCACCAGGGCCGCAAGCGUGUGCAUCCUCAUGUGCCGGGCAAUUGGCCGUCGCACGUCUACGUUGAAUGGCACCCGACAACUGAGCAGCAUGAUGUACUUACGCGAUUGUUCAAGAGCGUCGAGGACGAGCUCCGCGGCGAGGUGAAACUGCACAGUCUACUGAUCAACGACCUGGGUGUCCCUCUGCCCUUGCACAUCAGUCUCUCGCGUCCCUUGAGCCUCCGUACGGCUGAAAAGAACGAGUUUUUCGACCGCAUCACAUCGACGGUGCGCUCUAGUCGUGUGAGGCCCUUCCACGUUCUUCCUUGUGACCUUGCGUGGUGGACGUCGCCCGACUCGGACCGGUCGUUUCUAAUACUUCGAGUCACGACACCGGGCGACAGGAGUCAAAUUGACGUUGACUUUGAUGGAGACAAAGAUGAAGCGGAAAUUGCCGCUGGUACUGCUGCACCGCAAAACGCCCAACUCCUCGACAUCUUGACACGUUGCAAUAUGACGGCCUCGCAUUUUGGCCACACGCCACUCUACCAGAGGAAACAUAAUGAGCCUGUCGGUGCAGCCUUCCACCUCUCGAUCGGCUGGUCAUUUGGCAGGCCAAGCGGCGAGAUGUGCCUGCGCUCGUUAAGGGUCCUCAAGGAUAAGCAGUUUGCAGAGGUGAGGACGUGGCAGGUUCCCGUGGCAGGGGUGAAAGUCAAGAUCGGCAAUGCCGUUCACAAUGUCAACCUGCCAGGUGGACAGCAGGAGACGAGGCGCAGACGGGUGCCAUAG